AUGUACUGCGGAGACGACGUCGAGGCGGUCGUGGGCGACGUGGGCACGGCGUUGAGCAAGUUUGGACUCGCAGGCGAAGACACGCCGAAGCUCGUGCUGCCGAGUACCGUCGGGCGACGGCCAUUGGCCGCUGGGGAGGCCACGAACGAAGGAGCUGCUGCUGCUGUGCUCGGGGACCUGUGGCAUCGACGCGAUCUGGAGAUUGUGCGGCCUGUUGAGGCCUGCGCUGUGGCCAAUUGGGACGCACUGGAGAAAGUCUGGAGCUAUGCGUUCGACAGACUGCACGUGGACCCCAAGGGCCAUCCUGUCAUCACGUCAGCCGCGUCGUGCUUUGCUAAUGACGCGCUGCAUAACGCAGCGUCUCGAGACGGCGAGAAGUACCUGGAGAUGAUGUUCGAGACGUUCCAAGUACCAGCGUUUUACAUGGCAAAAGACGCAGUGCUGGACGCCUUUGCUUUCGGGCGGUCGCUGGCGCUGAUAGCAGAGAUUGGCGCCGGGGCUUCACGUGUUGUGCCAGUCUAUGACGGAUACGCGCUGGAACGACCGGCGCAGUAUUCGUCCGUGGGAUGCAAUGAGUUGUCCGAGUACUUGGAGCACUUGGUGGCCACUCAGAAGCCGCAGCCAGUGGUAGUGAGACCGAGGGGGACGUUCGUGAGGAGGGCGAACGUGCAGACGGGAGCACUAGAGACGAUACCAUUGCCGGCGCAACUGACGACGCCACCUGCAAUGCCAGCCAGCUACCUCAAGUUUGCCAAAGCAGAGUUGUUCAGAGAUAUGCGCGAGGCCACGUGCCUGAUGUCGGAGGUGCCGCUGGAAGAUCAUGCUGGGGCUGUAGAUGAACAGAAAGCGUCGUCGUCGGAACCUGUGCCACUGAACAUACUCGAACAGCAGUACGAGCUGCCUGAUGGACAGACUGUUGUGCUGGGAAGAGAGCGGUAUGAGGUCCCUGAGUAUUUGCUGCAUCCGAGGAGCUUUGGGGGCGCUGUGGUCAAGCACGAGCAGCACGCAGCAGCGGCGGCAAAGGUCGUGGCGAAGGGUUUACACCGCAUGCUCUAUGAUGCGGUGCAUCUCUGUGACGCUGACUUGCGGAGGGACAUGCUCACUAACGUCAUCUUGUGUGGUGGCGGAAGUCUGACUCCUGGAGUCACCGAGCGGCUGCAUGCGGAGCUCACGCGGAUGGUACCCAGCACAUUCAAAGUGCGCUUCACGACUGUGUCGAAGAUUGAGCGACAAUUCAGCGUCUUCAUUGGCGGGUCCAUAUUAGCAUCAUUGGGCUCCUUUCAGCAGCUUUGGGUGUCCAAGCGCGAGUUUGAUGAAGUUGGGGCCCACGCCCUGUGCGCUGACCGCUUUUGCUAG